AUGUCAACUUGGCUAGAUCACAGCCCCAAGAAAAAAGGUAUGGAGGCGCAGUGGGUGGUGGGUGGGAAGGGUAGGUCGGCGCCUCCAGAAGGCGGUGCGGAGAUUGAUCAUCGGGACGCCCCCAGAGUCGGAAACGUCGCUCAGCGUCGAGCCCAGCGACUGCGCAGGGCGAACAUGCAGAAGGACAGAACUGCAGAGGGUGCAGAGACCUUCCUGCUCGUCCAUCGAACGGGAUAUGAGGCCCAAAUGAAGUAA